AUGGAAGCAGGGAACUGCACAGAAAUAUCUGGUUUUCUGCUCCGGGGCCUCUCCGACGACCCCGCCCUGCAGCCGCUGCUCUUCGGGCUCUUCCUGGCCAUGUACCUGGUGACUAUGCUGGGGAACCUGCUCAUCAUCCUGGCCAUACUCUCCGACCCCCGCCUGCACACCCCCAUGUACUUCUUCCUCUGCAACCUGUCCCUGGCGGACAUCUGCUUCACCUCCACCACCGUCCCCAAGAUGCUGGUGAACCUCCAGACGCAGAGCAAGGCCAUCUCCUACAUGGGGUGCCUCACUCAGGUGUAUUGUUUCCUGAUUUUUGUCGGCGUAGACAAUCUUCUCCUGGCCGUGAUGGCCUACGACCGGUUCGUGGCCAUCUGCCACCCCCUGCACUACAUGGUCAUCAUGAGCCCCCGGCUCUGCAUGUUUCUGCUUCUGAUUUCUUGGGCCAUCAUGUCCUGGGUUGCCCUCCUUCACAUGCUGUUGACGAUGCAGUUGGCCUUCUGCAUAGGAACUGAAAUCCCACAUUUCUUCUGCGAACUAACGGAACUUCUGAAGGUGGCCUGCUCCGACACACUCAUCAAUAACAUCUGCUUGUAUGUGUCCACUGCCCUGUUGGGGGUGUUUCCUCUCAUCGGAAUCCUCUGCUCUUACUCUCAGAUCGCCGCCUCCUUAGUGAAGAUGUCCUCCUCCACCAGCAAGCACAGAGCCUUCUCCACCUGCGGGUCCCACCUCUGUGUGGUCUCCCUGUUCUAUGGGACCGGCCUGGGCGUCUACCUCAGUUCCGCUGCGACCCAGUCUUCAGAGGAAAGUUCGGUUGCCUCAGUGAUGUACACGGUGGUCACCCCCAUGCUGAACCCCUUCAUCUACAGCCUGAGGAACAAGGAUGUGAAGGGGGCCCUGGGAAAGCUGCUCAGCAGAGCAGCCACUAGUGCAUUAUGGGUCACUGGCUUCAAAGCUUAG